GCAGAGAAUAUUUCGGGUACCCUUUGAAUUUGGAACCUGAAAAAGAGGUGUUUUAUUAAGCCACAGAUUUAUUUCACUUUCCAUUUCAUGCUACUACUACUACUAUUGUUAUUAAUAGCCUCUUCUUCCUUCUUCUUCUUCUUCUUCUUCUUCUUCAAUCAAUCUCUCCUUUCAAUUCCAUCUCUCAGAUCAGAUCCAAUCCCUCAUUAUUCCCACCACCCAUUUCUUCAAUUUCCCGCUGUUUUUGCCGGCAUUUGAAAUAAUCACCGGGAAAAAAAACUGAUUCAGAUUUCUGCCAAACAGUGAAUAGAAUAGUAGUAACCUGCUCUGUAUUGGGUUGAGUUUGUGGAGGAGCUGCUUGUGGAAAUGGCGGGUGAGUCGCAGAAUUGGGUGUUGAUGGUGACUGCUCAGACACCCACCAACAUUGCUGUCAUCAAGUAUUGGGGUAAGAGAGAUGAAACCCUAAUCUUACCCGUCAAUGAUAGCAUCAGUGUUACUCUUGAUCCAAAUCAUCUCUGCACUACCACCACCGUUGCUGUCAGCCCCACCUUCCACCAAGAUCGGAUGUGGCUCAAUGGCAAGGAGAUUGCUCUUUCUGGGGGCAGGUUCCAGAGCUGUUUAAGGGAGAUCCGUGCUCGUGCUUGUGAUGUUGACGAUAAGAAAAAGGGGGUUAAGAUCACGAAGGAGGAUUGGGGUAAAUUGCACGUGCACAUUGCUUCAUUCAACAACUUCCCUACUGCAGCUGGACUGGCUUCUUCUGCUGCGGGUUUUGCCUGUCUUGUUUAUGCCCUUGGGAAGCUAAUGAAUGUCAAAGAAGAUGAAAGCCAGCUAUCUGCUAUUGCAAGGCAAGGAUCAGGUAGUGCUUGUCGCAGCUUAUAUGGGGGAUUUGUGAAGUGGAUUAUGGGAAAAGAGGAGAAUGGAAGUGAUAGUCUAGCAGUUCAACUAGCUGAUGAAAAGCACUGGGAUGAUCUUGUUAUUGUUAUUGCUGUGGUUAGUUCACGGCAGAAGGAAACUAGUAGCACCUCAGGAAUGCGUGAGAGCGUUGAAACAAGUUUGCUUUUACAGCAUAGAGCAAAGGAAGUAGUGCCAAAGCGGAUACUGCAGAUGGAAGAAGCCAUAAGAAAUCGUGAUUUUGCAUCUUUUUCAAAACUGACCUGUACUGAUAGCAACCAGUUUCAUGCAGUCUGCUUAGAUACAUGUCCCCCUAUAUUUUACAUGAAUGAUACAUCCCAUAGGAUAAUUAGCAUCAUUGAAAAGUGGAACCGCUCGGAAGAAGCUCCCCAGGUAGCUUAUACAUUUGAUGCGGGGCCAAAUGCUGUUCUAAUUGCUCGCAAUAGGCAAGCUGCGGCCCUUUUGAUUCAGAGGCUGCUUUACUACUUCCCUCCAAAUUCAGAUGACCUCAACAGUUAUAUUAUUGGUGACAAGUCAAUUGCAAAAGAUGCUGGGAUCAAUGGAAUUUCUGAUGUAGAAGCUUUGCCACCUCCUCCAGAAAUUAAAGACAAUAUUCCAUCACAAAAAUACAAGGGGGAUGUCAAUUACUUCAUAUGUACCAGACCUGGAAGGGGGCCUGUUUUGCUAUCUGAUGAAAAUCAAGCUCUUCUCAAUGGUGAAAAUGGGCUUCCCAAGUGAGUUUAAGGACAUAUUCCCAUGGUUGGUCAAUUCUUCAUCAGACUCACCCAGUAGGGCUUCAUUAACCUGAAAUAUUGAGUUUUUUACUACAUGACCCUUUCAAGGAAGCAUGUGGUAUCAUUAUUUGUUCAUUCCGAGUUUGCAACUUGUGUUUUUUCAUAUAUCUGUAAUUCUUAUUUCAAAUCUUGGUGAAAAAUAAGUCUCAUUCCUUUCUGUAUUGUUGAGCAAAAACUUGAGUUUGCAAGAUGUCAGCUUUUUAGGUGAACAAUUUCCCUAUUUUUGUUAGUGAUAUGACCACUGUUCUCAUUCACCUCA